AUGGACUUGGAGUCCGUGGAAAGUGUCGAGUUUACAAAGAUAAACACAGAGCUGGAGGGAGAACGAUAUAUUCAGCUGAACGUGCAAAACACUCCAGAGUGGAUACACUAUGUUUGCGAGCUUGUGAAGAAGAGCGAUGCACUGGGUAUUGUCACUAUUUUGGACUGCGCGUACCAGUUCGGUUCUCCUAAUAUAGUGAACUCUGGUCUUCAUCAGAUCAAGAAAAAGCUUCAAAAAAAUCAUUCAGAUACGGAAAUACGCGACCUGCUGGAGCGGGUAGUUGUUUUUGACGAUUUCGAGAACCUUGGGGACGUGAAUAAGCUGCUGAACACCAUUCUGGAGGUGAUACCGACGCAAUUCCAGGAUCGACCUCUAAAUUGCAUUCUUAUCUCAAACACGUCGAUUUUCUAUUGGAAUCUCCGCGAUAUGGAGAAUUUCGACGAUCUUGCCGAGCUCCAUCGCAUAUGCAGGCAAUUGUCAUCGAGACUCGGGUGCUACGUGGUGUCGAGCAGAAGUCUUUUUGAAUAA